GUAGUUGUUGGAAAUAAGGGACUUUUUAUGAAUAAGCUUAUAGUCAGUUGUGCCUAGAAAUCAUGAAGGAUCAAACUGUAAAAGAAAGCGAGAAGAAUAAUAAAAAUAAAAAUGAAGAAGGAAGUGAAAAAGAUCUAUCUGAAGAAGAUAAGCAGUUACAGGAAGAACUAGAAAUGCUUGUACAAAGAUUACGUGAAGAUGAUACUAAGUUGUACCUUCCUGCUCUCGAAAGUCUUCGAAAUCUAAUUCGAGCUUCUACUACAUCUAUGACUUCUGUUCCAAAACCACUCAAAUUUCUUAGACCUCACUUUGGAACUUUGAAAGAAAUUUAUGAAAAAAUGUCAAGUGAGGAAAUUAAGAGAUUUUGUGCUGAUAUUGUGUCAAUUCUGGCAAUGACUGUAAGUGAAGAACGGGAAUGCCUGAAGUAUCGUCUUCUUGGUUCACGUGAGCCUAUUGGUUCCUGGGGUCAUGAAUAUGUUAGACACUUAGCAGGAGAAAUUGCACAAGAGUGGGGAGAACUGACUGAAAAAAGUACUGAAAAGGAACACUUAGAGAAACUUGCAAAAGAAAUAGUACCAUAUCAUAUGUCACAUAAUGCAGAAGCUGAAGCAUGUGAUUUACUAAUGGAGAUUGAACAGCUUGAUGUGCUUGAAAAUUAUGUUGAUGAAGAUGUUUACCCUCGUGUCUGUCUGUACUUGACCAGCUGUGUUCCCUAUGUUCCUGAACCUGAAAACACUUAUCUUCUAAAGACUGCUCUAUCCCUUUUCCGGAAGUACAAUCGUUAUCCUGAGGCUUUAAGACUGGCUAUGCAGUUAAAUGAUUUAAAGCUUGUGGAGGAAAUCUUUACUUCUUGUAAAGACAACUCAAUCCAGAAACAGAUGGCUUUCAUGUUAGGAAGGCAGCAGAUUUUCCUGGAGCUGAAUGAAGAUUUAGAUGAUUAUGAUGAUCUUGUUGAGACUAUGUCUAAUUCACAUUUAAACAACCAUUUUUUGGCUUUAGCCAGAGAGUUAGACAUUAUGGAGCCCAAAACUCCUGAAGAUAUCUACAAGUCUCAUUUAGACAAUACAAGGCCAACCUUUGGACAAGGAGGCAAUGUUGACUCAGCCAGACAGAACUUAGCAUCUAGUUUUGUUAAUGGACUGGUUAAUGCUGCCUUUGGCCAGGAUAAGCUACUUGUAGAAGAUGGAAAUAAAUGGUUGUAUAAAAACAAAGAACAUGGCAUGCUGAGUGCUACAGCUUCCCUCGGGCUUAUAUUAUUAUGGGAUGUGGAUGGAGGUUUAACACAGAUAGAUAAAUAUCUCUAUUCUUCUGAUGAACAUAUCAAGGCAGGAGCCCUCCUAGCUUGUGGCAUUGUCAGUUGUGGUGUGAGGAAUGAGUGUGAUCCAGCCUUGGCACUUUUGUGUGAUUACGUCCUGCAUAACAGCAUGAAUAUGAGAGUGGGCUCCAUUAUUGGCUUAGGAUUAGCUUAUGCUGGUUCUAAUAGAGAGGACGUACUAGGGUUGCUGUUGCCUGUAUUGAGUGAUUCUAAGUCAACAGUGGAGGUAGUUGGAAUGGCUGCUCUAGCAUGUGGACUGAUUGCUGUGGGAUCAUGUAAUGGGGAUGUCACAUCAUCAAUCCUCCAGACCCUCAUGGAGAAAUCAGAAAGUGAUUUAAAGGAGCCCUAUGCCAAGUUUCUGCCUUUAGGGCUAGGACUAUGUUAUCUAGGUAAACAAGAAGGUGCAAGUGCUGUUAUUGCUGCCUUGGAAGUAGUACCUGAUCCUUUCAAAAGUAUGGCCAUGACACUUGUGGACAUUUGUUCCUAUGCAGGAACUGGUAAUGUCUUGAAAGUGCAACACUUACUACAUGUUUGCAGUGAGCAUUAUGAACAUUCUGAAAAGGAAGAGAAAAAGGAUGAAAAAAAAGACAAAGAUGAUAAGACAGAGGAGAAAAGCUCCUCUUCAGAUCUGUCUUCUCAGCAGGCUGUGGCUGUGCUUGGAAUUGCUCUUAUUGCUAUGGGUGAGGAAAUUGGAACUGAAAUGGCAUUUCGAACUUUUGGUCAUCUUCUUCGAUACGGAGAGCCUGUAAUAAAGCGAGUUGUACCUUUGGCCCUGGCUCUGAUAUCAGUGUCCAAUCCUAAGCUAAACAUUUUAGAAACUCUCAGCAAGUUUUCUCAUGAUAGCGAUGCUGAAGUUACCCACAAUGCUAUUUUUGCUAUGGGAAUGGUUGGAGCUGGAACAAAUAACGCUCGACUCGCAACAAUGCUUCGUCAGCUAGCGCAGUAUCAUGCUAAAGACCCCAACAACCUUUUCAUGGUUCGUUUAGCUCAGGGUUUGGUUCACAUGGGAAAGGGAACCCUGACUCUCUGUCCAUAUCACAGUGAUAGACAGCUCUUAAGCCCAGUAGCUGUGGCAGGACUGCUGGCAACACUUGUUGCAUUUCUGGACGUGAAAAACACUGUUCUGGGGAAAUCUCAUUAUGUACUUUACAACUUGGUUGCUGCUAUGCAGCCUCGAAUGCUGGUUACUUUUGAUGAAGAUCUUAACCCUUUGCCUGUUUCUGUCAGAGUUGGUCAGGCUGUAGAUGUAGUGGGGCAGGCUGGAAAGCCAAAAACUAUUACUGGCUUUCAAACUCAUACCACACCUGUUCUUUUGGCUUUUGGAGAACGAGGAGAAUUAGCCACGGAAGAAUAUAUUCCUCUUACACCUGUGCUGGAAGGAUUUGUCAUUCUUAGGAAGAAUCCAAACUAUUCUGUGUAACUUAUUCAUACAAGUGUUAUUAGUCAUAAGAUUAUUUCCGUCAAGUGAUGUCUCAUACCUGCAUAGAAAGAGUUGCUUUUCAGAUGUAUGUUGCAGUUUGCCUUCACACAUGUGUACAAGAUGCGAAAUUUGUAAUGAAUAAACUAAGGAUUCUUUUUUUUUAUGUUUCAGAUUUGGUUGUUAUCAAUGUUGUAACUUAAUAAUUAAGUUCAUUAAUAUUUGUAACCUUAAAAUCUUAAUUGCAACAGUUAGUGGCUCAAUCAUGGUAAAUUUAGUUUUUGAAAGGAGGAGAGGGUCAUUUUUUAACAUGUCAACACUGUUUUUGUUAUCUGUUCCAACAAACCUAUUUUGCUCCAUCUGUAGAGUUCAUCUUUGUACCAAUCAAAAAUAAAAACAAAUUCCGGGCCAAAAUAA